AUGGUCAACUCGGUCACAGCUUCAUAUGUCGUUAGCGACUUCAUCCUCCUUGCUACUGGUGCGCUCCUUAUCGCUGCAGGUGUGAUCUGGGAAAAAGAGUUGUCGACGGAGCCAACAACGGAGUCAGUCGCGAGGUUUUUGUUGCUAAAAAAUGCCCCACUAAUGGCCGUUAUUGCAAAUGGCGCCCUCAUUAUUGCAGCUUUCUUGAUCUCAUUGCCAUCAUUUGCCCUGCCUACAUCCCGUGGAUGGCUCAAGGCUCAUGGAUGGCUUGUUAUGGUUUGCGCGCUCUUCACUUUGGUUCUUGGCCUAAGUGAAUGGCUACAAACUUUGACCACACGCGCGAAUUUGGAGACGAUCUGGGGUCAGCAGAAUAAUGUCACCCAGAGCAUUUUACAACAAAAGUUCGACUGCUGUGGAUAUAUGAAUAGCACGUCGCCUAUGUAUGUCCGUGACAGCGUUUGCACGAGUGAUCUUGUUGCAGCUUCAAAGGAGGGCUGUGUAAGUGCUUUCUCAAGUUAUUCAGAGAGGUGGUUGGGUCUUCUCUUUACCGCUGCCUUUGGUGUUGUUGGAAUGGAUGCCGUUGUCAUGCUCUGUGCCGGGAUGCUCAUUAAGUACCGGAAAGAACAACUGCGCUACCGGCUCAUCGACCAGAAAUGGGGCGUUGGUAACAUCUAA